GGCACGGCAGAGCCCGCUCCGCUCGGUCCCGCUGCUGGCUCCGUGUGUCCCGGCACAGCCCAGCCCAGCCCAGCCCAGCCCGGCCAUGGCGCUGCCCCGUGUCCCCCUGCGCGCCGCGCUGCUGCUCGGCCUCCUCCUGCGAGCCGCCGCCGCCGAGUCGGUGAGAGAAACUGAAACCAUGGAUGCUGGAUGGCUCGACUACCCUGCCUCUGGGGACUUGCCAGACGAUGAGGACAUUGGUGAAUUCAGGCCUCACUUAACCACUGAUGGCUUAGAUAUAGAUGAGACAUCUGGGUCAGGAGACUACCCAGACUCUGAAGAUGGCUUGUAUCUGACCACCAUGGACACCCCUGUGAUAUCUGACAACUAUAUCCCUGGAGAUACUGGGAGGAAGAUAGAAGGUGAGAAGAAAAACACAAUGGUGGACAAUGAAAUCAUUCCAGACAAAGCUGUACCUGUGGAAGAGAACCUGUCCAACAAGAUCUCCAUGGCAAGCACAGCCAACAGCAGCAUCUUUGAAAGAACAGAAGUCCUUACAGCUCUCAUCGCAGGAGGAGCAGUGGGUCUCCUGUUUGCCAUCUUCCUGAUCCUGCUGCUGGUCUACCGCAUGAAGAAAAAGGACGAGGGCAGUUACGACCUGGGGAAGAAACCCAUCUACAAGAAAGCCCCCACAAACGAGUUCUAUGCCUAAAGCUCAGCAGCACCUUGUGCCCAUCAAGGGACAAGCAGACUGUACUGAAACACUGUGCCCUCAGAUGAGAUGUGCUGAACAAAUGCUUUUUUUAUUUUUCGGAUUGAAUUUCAAAGUGACUUUGAGAAAAAACAAACUUCCUUCGUGACCCUUCCCAUCCCACUCAGCUAACAAGGGCCCAAUGAAAUACAAAGAGUCUGAAAAAUAACCUCAGUGUAUUUUUUUUUCUAAGUUAGUGUAAAAAAGAAUAAAGAUGCCAAAUUUUCGGCUUGGUUUUAUAGAGGGUAUAUAAACACAAACCAGACUGUAUGGAAGCAAACACCAUGUGUUUGCCGUGCUGGGAUUGGCUGCUUCUAUAGAAGAUGGCUUUUUUUUAUAUAAAUCUUGCUACUAGAUGUCUUGCAGCAGGCUGUUGAUGUGAAGCAUUUUUGUGGAGAACUAUUUAUGAAUCUCUUACACUACAGAUAAUGUUGCCUUAUCAGGGAGUAAAAGGCCCACAAGGGCUCAGUAUCCCUGAAUGCCAUAAAGGGCCUAUGGGAAUGUCUUCCCCAGGAGAUUUCUGUCUCUUCCUGUUGGCCCCAGGCAAGGGUCAUUAGUCCUUGAAAUCAGGACAGCCAGUUGUGUUUGGCUAUGGCAACACCCCUUCCUUGCCUUCAGUCUCUUACCUUUUUUUAAGGGUUGCUUGUAGGAUUUUUUUAUAACAAAAUUUUAAAGAAAAUAGCCUAAUGUUUAUAUAAAGUUUGUAGAAAUUGUUUUGAAAUAAUAAAAAAAUAAUCUACUUUUUUAA